UCGAAAGGGUGCUGCAAUCGUUAAUUUCCGCAAAUCGAAUUUCAUUAAAUCCAUUUCCGUUGAGAGUCAGUCGAUCGGAAGGAAGAAUUAUCGACGUAAGAAGGACGGUGAUAGACCGUUAGUCGUUCUUUGCAAAAUUCACGUAGCUCUGACCGAAGCAAAAGAUAGGUGCUAGGCGAAGAAAGGAGAUUGGACGUUCGUACGUGCGCGCGUCGAUGCGAACAUGUGGAAGGGAGGGGGUAAUGACGCAGUCGCUGGCAGCACCAGCGUUUCUGGAAACGGCAUCCCCGCGCGUGAACAUUUAUACAAACACGUAACACGUACACACGUAGAUGAGACAGAGACAUUACGUUCGCUCAUGCCAACAGUCAGUUUUCUUUCGGUAGAGCAGCGAAUAAGAAGGUUGUUCGAUGGACUGUAAGAUAGAAGACUCUCCGAUAUUCGGAAGUCUUGUUGUAAAAAGAGGUUAAGAUAGGCUAAAGAGAAAGGAAAGAAAAAAGUCAACCGCAUUGAUGCUGGAACAGGAGAGAAUUGUUUUCGUUAAUCGAACUUUCGACGGGGAAGGUGUCGAGUAUUUAGAUAUCGCGUUAUGCCGCGGGCUCGACAACGCGUAUCGCGUUGCUACAAUUGGCCGUUCGUAAGGCCAAGUAAGAAGAAUAGUAGUAGUAGUAGUAGUAGUAGUAGUAGUAGUAGUAGUAGUAUCAGUAGUAUCAGUAGUAGUAGUAGUAUCAGUAGUAGUAGUAGUAGUAGUAGUAGUAGUAGUAGGAGUAGUAGUAGUAGUAUCAGUAGUAGUAGUAGUAGUAGUAGUAGUAGUAGUAGUAGUAUCAGUAGUAGUAGUAGUAGUAGGAGGAGGAGGAGGAGUAAAAGUAAUAAUAAUAGUAGUAGUAGUCGUAGUAACGGUAGGAGUAGAAGAAAAAGAAGAGGAAGAAGGAACGAAGAAGAGCGAAUAGCCACUAGUGGUGGUGGAGUAGUGGUGGUGCUACUAGAGCUGCUGGAGUUGGUGGUGGCGACGGUGGUGUUCGAUGUAGUGGUGCUGCUGCUGCUGCUGCUGCCGCUGCUGCUGCUACUGCUACUACGAGGACGCGCGUCGUGCGUCGUCGAGGUGCGGUGGCGAUCGCGGCGGUGGUGGUGUAACGACGACGGCGUGUAUCAAAGAAUUCCUUCUAUUCCUAUUUUCUAUUUCUCUCUCUCUUUGUCUCUCACUCUCUUUCCAUCGUUCUCUCUUUUUCUUUCGGUGAAAGGAGGGGUGAGUGAGUAGGUAGGAAAGGCUACCAAGGUGCUUCGAAGCGCAGUUGCGGCGGCUCAGGAUGCUGCCCGACGGAGCAAGAAGAUGGCCGUGAUCGGCGAGACCAGGUAUUGCUCGGCGAUCCGUGUGUGCGCGUACACGAAAUCUUCGUGUCGUAGAGUCCAGAUCGAAAAGGGCUCAUCGUCGUCGUUAUCGCCGUUUUCGUCGUUGGCCUCGUCCUCCUCCUCUUCCUUUUCCUCUUCCUCUUCUUCUUCUUCUUCUUGUUCUUCUUCUUGUUCUUCCUCUUCUUCUUCCUCUUCUUCUUCUUCUUCGGCCUCCUCAACUUUCUUCUCUUCGUCCUUUUUCUCCUUUUCUCCCUCCUCCUCGUCGACGCCGUCGUCGUCGUCGUCGUCGUCGUCGUCGCCGUUGCCGUCGACUCGUCGUUGUCGACAGAGGAGGAAGGGGCACUCGACGAGCCUGUUGGUCGCGAUGUCGUCCUCUCGUGGCAGUGGACCUGACUCUGGCGAUCUCAGCGACUCGGAGGACGGUUAUGUCGACACGGAUCCUCUGAGGUACGAACUUCGCAACAUUCAAAGCGUCAUACACGUGACAAGACAGAACAUCGAUGCUCUCAACAACCGCUUUGCUGGUUUUCAACAUCCACCAUCCAUUUAUCUGAACGAGUAUCAAGAGCUCACCAGCAAGUUGCACGAUCUGGAGUCCAAGGAACAGAAGCUCAACGAGUUGUUGAACGCAGGCAAGACAACUGUCGGAGUCUCCGUAUCUGAGAAUGAUUCUCGAGAUGCCAAUGCUAUCAAUAGGUGUCCUAGAACGCCUAUGAAAUCUUUGCUCAGGGCUUAUUUGCCCAACAAACAGCGUACCAGUGUUCAGGUGCGCGAAGGACUCUCUUUGAGGGACGCUCUAGCCAAGGCAAUGAAGUUGAGAAAUCUGACCACCGAAAUGUGUGCCGUCUAUCUCCUCGGACUGGAUAAAUCCAAGUACUUGACUUCUUGGGACGCGGACAUCUCUCUGCUCGACUGCGAUGAGAUAUCAGUAGAGAUUCUGGAUAAGUUUCCUAUAACUACUUCGAUAUCGCAUAAUUUUGUGCGGAAGACUUUCUUUUCCUUGGCAUUUUGCGAGUGCUGUAGAAAGUUGCUCUUUCAGGGUUUCUAUUGUAGGACAUGCAAUUAUCGCUUUCAUCAGAGAUGUGCCGGCAGUGUACCUGCUCUGUGCCACCAAGUGCGUAUGCAAGAUGCUUAUUAUCAAGCGUUACUGGCGCACAAUCCCGAAACAACAGCUGGGAUUUUGCAACUACCGUCUGGCUAUGGCUUGAGUCGAAGUAUGUCGCCUUCUUUAGCACCGUCUAGAAAUCAAAGACAUCCACGUACCUUAGGACAACAGGAUCGUUCCAGUUCCGCGCCGAAUGUCUGUUUCAACAUGGUUAGAUCUGGCGGCGAACCAGCUAAUCUGGAUGAAUAUAGCAGGUCCCAGAGUUUAGGUCGACCUAUAGGUACUACCCAGUGUUCUGUCUCGCCUGGUAGUAGUCCUACUAAGCAUAGUCAAUCGACGCAAGCUAGUCCAACCAGUACUUUGAGACCGAAACGUCCAAGAGCACGAUCGGCCGAUGAAUCUUCGAAAAAUCUUUUAGCUCCAAGGGAGUCUAUAGAAGACUGGGAAAUUCCAGCUGACGAAAUCUUGGUAGGAGCGCGCAUUGGCUCGGGAUCCUUUGGUACAGUUUACAAAGCUCACUGGCAUGGACCUGUUGCGGUAAAAACUUUGAAUGUUAAGAUACCGACCACGGCUCAGUUACAAGCAUUUAAAAAUGAAGUGGCUGUUUUAAGAAAGACACGACAUGUAAAUAUUCUGUUAUUUAUGGGAUGUGUUAGUAAACCACAGCUUGCUAUCGUAACGCAAUGGUGCGAGGGUUCAUCUUUAUAUAAGCAUCUACAUGUAUUCGAAUCAAAAUUCGAAUUGUUAACUCUAAUAGAAAUUGGCAGACAAACGGCACAAGGUAUGGAUUAUUUACAUGCUAAGAAUAUUAUCCAUAGAGAUUUAAAGAGCAACAAUAUAUUUCUGCACGACGACCUUACCGUUAAAAUUGGUGAUUUUGGUCUUGCCACUGCAAAAACAAGAUGGUCAGGAUCUCAACAAUUUCAUCAACCAACUGGAUCGAUUCUUUGGAUGGCACCCGAGGUCAUCAGAAUGCAAGAGGAAAAUCCAUAUAGCUUCCAAUCUGACGUUUAUGCCUUUGGUGUAGUUUUGUUCGAACUGCUAGCUGGUCAGCUACCAUACUCGAAUAUCAAUAAUAAGGAUCAAAUACUGUUCAUGGUGGGACGCGGAUAUUUACGUCCCGAUUUGAACAAGCUGCGUUCUGAUACUCCAAAAGCAUUGAAGAGAUUAACAGAAGACUGUAUUAAAUUUUCGAGGGACGAUCGACCAAUAUUCCGGCAGAUCUUAGUAAGCCUGGAGGGUCUUUUACGUGGUUUACCUAAAAUCACAAGAUCUGCAUCUGAACCAAAUUUAAACAGGACGCAAUUACAGUCUGAUGAUUUUCUGUACACUUGUGCUUCACCAAAGACUCCGGUGAACUUCCAGUUUGGAGCAUUUCCCUUUUAUCCUACUGGUGGGAACAUAUAGAGAAUAUUGCCCAAAGUAAUAAGCCUGAUGUAAUCGGUAUAUAGAAGGUAUAUGAUAAAACCGAAUAAGAUCAUUAACACUUAGUUAUGAACAAUCCACACGAUUCUUUCCAAUUAUAUCUUUAUCAAAUCACAAAUGUUUGCUCAAUGUGAAAGAAGACUGCAUUCUUCGACAUGACAUAAGAAAUAAAACUAAAAUAAAAUACAAUCUUUAUCGCAAAUAAGGGAAUAAGAUACGACUAAAUUGUAUAAAUUAAUCGGAUUAAAGAACUUAUGGCGACGUGUCGAGUGUAUAAGUCAUGGUAAAAACGAAAAAAAAAAGAUGCAUGUGUAACUUUUACCUUUACACACUACUUAAAGCAAUGGAUUUUUAUUUAAUCAGUUAACAAUCAUUCAUAUAUAUAUAUAUAUACAUACUCGUAUAUACAUGUAUAUAUAUACGUACCUGCACGUGAGCAUAAUAAUUUGUUGAUUUUGUGAGAUCCUUGUGAAGGAUGUAAAAAAUAAUAUUUAAAAAAAAAAACAAAAAAAAAUACAAAAAAAAUACAAAAAAAAAAGAUUAACGGCAUUUAAGUCGCGCGGACUGUCAUUUAUCCGAUAGAUAUUUUUCCAAAAGCCGAAGUGAUUUUUGUACCUACUUCCUUUUAUUUUCGUCUCUGAUAUGCACGCGCACGAUGAGAACAUUUUUUGAUCUUACUUACUGAGGAAUACUUAUCGCGUCAAAACGAAAAAAAAAGGAACAAAAAAAUGUAUUGUUAUGAUUACGCGUAAAAAAAAAAGUAAAAAGAAAAAAAUGUAUUGUUAUAAUUACGCGUUAUAGACUUCUUCGAGACAAGUAGUUUGUACACAUCUGUACAUCUCCACACAUACGCGCAUACACAUACACGUACACACACAUCUGUAUGGACGGAAAAAUUAUCGAAAUGAUUUAGAAGUUACCAAUUUUACAAUAUCGAUCGGUCGGUAUAAAUACGCUGAAAAUAGUAACGCUUACUUUGUUUGACGAAUCGUUGAGGAUACUAUUCUAUAUACCUACUGUCUUCAUUUUAGUAUAAUAUUAAUGAAAAAAAAAAAAAUAAAUAAAACGCAAAAAAAAUCUCAAAAAAAAGAAAAAAAAAAUAAGAAGUAUUCAAAGUAGUAAUGGAGCUCGUAAUAUUAUGAUAGAGUAAUGUCUAACUUGUAUUUCUUUUUUUCUUUUCUUUUCUUUUCUUUUCUUUUUCUUUUCCUUUUGUUUUUUCUUUCAAUUGAAAUUGUGUAUCUUUUGCCGUCGUUUUUGUAGAAUUUCUUUUUUAUUCUUCAAGUGUUAUUUCUUUGUUAUAAUUAUUAUUAUUAUUAUUAUUAUUAUUAUUAUUAUUAUUAUUAUUAUUAUUAUUAUUUACAUAUGUGCAUACGUCGAAAACGAGGUAAAAAAAAAAACAAUUAUUUAUUUUAUUUCGAAACGUACCGUGAUUAUGUCUGUGGCCUAAGAAUAUUUUUUUUUCACGGUCGUUGAUACCACGAUUUUCGUGUUCUACUGAGAAUAAAAAAAGAGAGAGAGAAUGGGUUUCUCGAAUCGAAGCUUCGUAAAAUUUUCAAUACUUUUCAAAAUCUUCGUAACCUUUUUAUUUCAUUUAACAACGAAAUUCUCGUGAAUGUCAUUUUUUAUUUGUAUCUUUUACCUUUUAUUUUCGUAGAAAAGGAACAUUUGUUUUCUCCUUAUUAUCAUCGAGAUCGUCGUAGCUUCGCGAGAUUGCUUGCGUAUAAUUAAAUAAAAACAAAAGAGAAAGAGAGAGAGAGAAAGAAAAAUUAGAUAAAUAAAUUCGUAUACUCUCUUAAGAGAGGAAGAGGCGCGAAUUUCACUUCGAUUCGUCUUGUUAUAAGUACAUAUAUUGUUUGUUUUAUUCCUCUUUAUUUUAUUAUUUUUUUUCUUUCUCUUUUUUCUUUUUUUUUUUUUUAUUAGAAUUAACAUUGGAUAAACUUAAAAUAAGCACAUCACAAAACCAGCAUAAGUCUUCUUCGUUUUGAAAUAACGGGGCCCAGAGAGAGAAUUAAGGUUAGAAUGUGAAAACGUAAACGUGCGUCUAGUUUUCAUCAAACGAUGUUCUUGUUAUUGUUAUUGUUGUUGUGUGUAACAUUAUGUUAAUUAAAGGAUAAUUCAUUCGAAAAGGUAUAAUAUAAUGACCGAUUAAAUCGUAACAAUCAAAUUUUAUUUUUGAUAAAGAUGCAACACUUUUUUUAAAUGUUACGCAUGAUUUAUACAUAUGUAUGCGUAUCUGUUGAGUUAGAAUGCAUUUAUAUGCAAAAAAAAAAUAACACGUAUGUAAUUACUACAUAGUUUUUUGUUUGUUCAUUUUCCUAUUGUGCUUAUAAUACUGAAUCAUUGUUUUUUUUUUUUUUAGUUGUAUCGUUUAAUAUGUCGCAUCCAUCGCUUAUGUGUAGGUUAUUAGAAGCAUAAGAGGCAAAGUUCAUCAAGUAAUAAUCAUUGUAACGAGAGGAAAGGAAUAAAAGAAAAUUAAUCGGUCGAUUUAGAAUUGUCUUUGUUUUUUUAUAUAAGUAGAGAAUAUUCAACGAUAACUAUAUUUCUAUUGUUUGAGAAAAAGAAGGAGAUAGAAAACGGCUAGUACCGGAAAUGACGCACGUAGUACGUUUUAUUCACAAGUAUGCAAGGCCUAAUUUGUCAAGGAAAAGGAUUUCGAAUACGAAAUAGUGAUUAGAAUAAAAAUCGAAUGAUCUUGUAAAAGUAUAACCACGUGAUAUAAAUAUAUAUAUAUAUAUAUAUAUAUAUAUAUAUAUAUGUAUUAUCUCGUGGGAAUAUCCUGAUUGAUUAUUUAUUUAUUUAUACGUGAUAGGAAUGGUUUUAUUGCCAAUAAGAAAAAAGUAUACACAGAUAAAUAGAUAGAUAGAUAGAUAGAGAGAGAGAGAGAGAGAGAGAGAGAGAGAGAGAGAAAACGCAAGUAAGCGAGAAAGAGAGAGUGAGAGUGAGAGAGAAAAAAGAAAAUCUUAGCGCCAAUAUAUUAUAGUUAAAUUUAAUUAUUAUUCUUAAUAUCAUCAUCAUUAUCAUCAUCAUUAUUAUUAUUAUAUUAUAAUUAUUAUUAUACUCUAUUAUUAUUAUUAUUAUUUUAUUAUAAUUUUAUUAUUAUUAUUAUUAUUAUUAUUAUUAUUAUCAUCAUCAUUGUUAUUACAGCAAAUUAAUGCGACAGAUCCGCUACGAGAUGUCGUUGUAUCUGCAACGGUUUGGCGCCAAGGUUGCAUUACUUUAUUUAUUGCGAAGAGAAUUGUGCAGAUAAACGACAAGACGAGACGUAAUAAUGUUGUUGGGAUGUACGCAAUACAAUAAAAACUGGCGCGCUUUUGUUUCCUUUCGCUUUUGACGGAUUUUCAAAUCUCAAAUUUGUAUUCGAUAACUUUUUAAAUCGAUCGGCUUAGAAUGUGUGUGUGUAUGUGUGAAAGAGAGAGAAAGAAAAUGUGUAACGCGGGAAAAAAAUAAUUUUAAAUGAUGGACGCGAACGUGUAUUUAAUGCGAACGAGUGAGAGAGAGAGAGAGAGAGAGAGAGAGAGAGAGAGAGAGAAGUAAGAUUGUUUUUCAUUGUAAAUCGAAUGAAAAACGAAAAUGUAGGAAAAAACAUUUUAACAUUGUAUUUGUUAUUUGAAAGCUUUCUCGUAAUGGAGAAACAGUGAAUCCGUGUGUGAUGCGAAUAAUUAUCAGGUGACAUUGAAAAUUGGCGAGAAACGAACGAACGAACGAACGAACGAACGAAAAGAGAGAGAAAGAAAUGAGAAAGAGUACACGUGAACGUUUUACGUAAUAUGUAUGUAUUUACGUACAACGGGUAAUAGGAACGGUCAUUUGUACAUUUUAAGCGAGUGUUCUCUUAAAACAAAUAUAGAAAAAGUUUAGUAAACACUCUUUGCGGAAUGUUUUCUUUUCUCUUAAAUACUUGUAUCAAGAAAGAAAGAGAGAGAGAGAGAGAGUAGAAAGAAAAAGAAUAUUUCGUUCGUUUGUCCCGUUAUUCGAUGUUGCUGGACUUUCGUGGAUGGUAGUCUCUAAAUAUUUUUUGCCGUUGUCUCGUAAUAAUAUUCGAGCCACGAACGGAACCCACGAACGAAUAGUCUUACAUACACACAUUACGCACACGAGUGAGCACAUCCUCUGUCGCCAUGUGUGUGAACUCUCUUCUUCUUUUGUGCACCAUGUUCUCGGAGUUUGGUAUAAAAUUAUUGUUCUUUCUUUCUUUCUUUCUUUCUUUCUUUUUUUUCAUUUUUUUUUUUCUUUUUAUUUCUUUUCUUUUUCGUCCUUUUUUUUAUUCGUUCAGAAACAUUCCUCUGCAAGUAUAUUGCUUCGACGUAUAUACACACACAUAUAUAUAUGUAUAUAUGUAUGUAUGUAUGUAUAUGUAUGUAUGAUUCGUAAGGCGAUUUUCAUGUGCGAGCGUGUACGUGUGCGUGUAUGAGUGUAUCUACGUACGUACGUGUGUAUGUGUGUAUAUGCGUGAACACGAAAGAGAUCGUGAUUUUUGCGUUUGUGUAGUUACUACGUUAAAAUCGUAUUCUCCAUUUUGAGAUCUGUCUAAUAUGUUGGAAAGUAAAGAAAGAUCGUGUCGUUAUACAUGCUCCUCGAUAUGAGAUUCGAGAAAUCGAAUGCGAGAUGGACUCUAAUGGCGUUUCACUUUUUGAUAUAACGUCGUACGUGCUUAACGAAUUGAAUGUGAUAGAAAUUGUGAAAAAAGGCAGAAGCAAAAAACGAGCGAGAAAGAACAAAAGGGAAACAAAGAAAGAAAAGGAAAUAAAGUAAAAGAGAAAAAAAUGACGAAGAAGAAAAGGAAGAAAUAACCAUACAAGCUUCGUUCUUGCGAAAUUGCGCUGGGUUUAUACCCUUUUCCCCACCCACCCACCUCGUCGUCGUCGUCUAUGAAAAACGGCUGUCUUGUAAACGAGAUUGCGUAGUUAUGGCUAUUGGAGAUACUUAAUUUAAUUAAUCGCAACGAGAGAUCAAUCGAUCAUUGUAUCCAACAAAAAAAAAAGGUAAAAAAAUAAUAAAAAUUUACUUUAUCUUCGCGUAAAAACAAAAA